CUCUUGUUUCAGACUUUCUAUUCUCUGCUGAGAACAAAUGGUGGGAAAGAUGAGGUUAUGUUGGAACUCACGGUCCCUUCCCAAGUACAACCAUGUAUUUAUGAAGCUCACCGUUUCAGUCCUUCUUAUUGGUCUUGCUUUUCGCCUUUUCUUUUCUGAUUCGAUCGGCUUUUCACCCGUUUCUGAAACACCAUUAUUAUUUGAUAGAACUGUGGCUCCUGAGAUUUCUUUUCCUGACAAGACGCCAGCUCCUGUGCCUACCCCGGAGAUUGAAGAUCACAUGCCUUCUUCCGAAGGAAAAUGUGAUAUUUUCACUGGAGAUUGGAUCCCAAACCCAUCAGGUCCGAUUUACACUAAUGAGACCUGCCAAUUCAUCGAAGCUGAUCAGAAUUGCAUGAGAAAUGGGCGACCUGAUUCAGGGUAUCUUUACUGGAGGUGGAAUCCAAGGGAUUGCGAGUUGCCUCCUUUUAGUGCAGAGAGAUUUCUUGAGCUGAUGAGGCAUAAAUCAUGGGCGAUCAUUGGUGAUUCAAUUUCUCGCAACUAUGUCCAAUCCCUGCUCUGCACUCUCUCGAAGGUAGAGAAAGCAGUUGAAACCUACCAAGACAAGGAGUGCAAAUCCAAAAGGUGGCACUUCCCCUCCUACAAUUUCACCCUCUCAGUGAUAUGGUCCCCAUUUCUUGUACAAGCCGAUAUAUUUGAAGACAAAGAUGGUGUGGCAUCAUCUGAGAUCCAGCUUUAUCUUGAUAAACUAGAUAAAAAAUGGAUAGACCAAUAUCAGAGCUUUGACUAUAUGGUCAUCUCUGGAGGCAAAUGGAUUCUCAAAUAUGCAAUCUACCAUGAGAACAACACAAUUGUUGGCUGCCACCACUGUCCUGGGAAGAACUUGACAGAGAUGGGGGUUGAGUAUGUAUAUCGCAAAACUCUUCAGCUGGUGCUUAACUUCAUUGUAACAUCGAAUCAUAAGGGAUUGGUCAUGUUCAGGACCAGCACCCCAGACCACUUUGAGAAUGGGGAAUGGUUCAGUGGAGGGACUUGCAAUAGGACGGAACCUUUUAAAGAAGGUGAGAUUGAUAUGAAGGAUUUAGACAUUUUGCUUCGCAACAUUGAGUUGGAGGAGUAUGAGAAGGCAGCAGCAGCCUUGGGAUCCGACAAGAAAUUGAAACUAAAGCUUAUGGACACUGCCCCGCUUUCUUUGCUCAGGCCUGAUGGGCAUCCAGGGCCCUACAGAAACCCACAUCCAUUUGCGGAUGGCAAAAACACACAAGUUAUCAAGGACUGCCUGCAUUGGUGCUUGCCUGGGCCCAUAGAUGCCUGGAAUGAUCUGCUGAUGGAAUUGGUGGUCAACAAUUGAAGGUGUUAGCUUCAGAUCAUCAAUUAUGGAAAUUUAUGUUCAGGCUUUGGCAACUUCAGGUUUUCUAGAUUUUCAGAUUCCGCUGAUGUUUUCAUCAAUGAGUUGGCAGAGGUGGAAUGCACAUAUGCUGUGAAUACCUUUUCCAAGCAUUCUUUCCCCGUCCCUCUCUGCAUCGUCUGUGCUUUGUAUUAUUGUCAAUUGGGGUGGGAAGGAAGGUCUAUUCCCUGCAAAUUUUGUAUUCUUAUUUUGUGGGCUUGUUUGUUUGUCUGGAGCAAGCUUAAGGAGCUGUUCUUGUAUUAGAUCUUUGCCUGGUUUUGGGGUGUCUUUCAAUUUGUGCA